CGGCAAACGGGCGCCGCGCUGCGGGAAGGAACUCAAAGUGCAGCAAGGGCGCAGCAGGGAAGUGGGGUACGUCAUGUUUGUUGCGUUUGCAAGCUCCCCCCACUUGCACAACUUUUGGCAAGACCAGCACCAGGGGAUACCAUUAAGCACGCUCGCUCAAUACCUUGGUCUUUCUCUAUUUCUUUCACCCACGUCUACUUUCGCUUUCCUUCCACGCAUCAGACUCGCCAGAACGCGCUAUAGGACACCGUGUUCUUUGACAGCUUCGAGCCUCGCACAAAUAUAACUCUCUUUCAACCAUCACGCCCCACACUCAGACACAUUCGAGCUUUCACAACACGCUCAAUAGAGCAGCGUCCUAGGAGAAAUCCAGAUACCG